AUGUUGCUCCGUCUGCGCGGGCCCGACGGCAUGGCCCGCGUGACGUGCGAGACCAGCACGACAUUUGGCGAGCUGGGAAAGCUGAUGCUCCCCCAGCUGCCGGCCACCGUCGAUCCCAAGACCAUCACCAUGUCCAACUCCCCGACUGGUGGAGACGCGAAGAGGCUAGCCGACAUUGCCAACUUCAAGGUCGGCCAGAUCGGACUCAAGCACGGAGACCUCAUAUUCAUCAGCUACAAGCAUCUCGGCGCGGCCACGAACGGUGACGCUCCGGCGCAGGUGACGUCAGCAAGACUCAGCGGCAAGCCAGUCCUACCGACCGAAGACGUGCCGAUCGACCCCAAGCCCGAGCGGAUUUCGAAGCCUUGGGAAGUCAUAAGGCAGUCUGCUCUAGAUGACCGGUUAGACAAGCUCGACGGAAAGAUUCCACGGGGUCGCGACCGCAUGUGCCGCCAUGGACCCAAGGGCAUGUGCGACUACUGCCAACCCAUGGAUCCCUUCGACCCGGCCUACCUUGCCGAGAAGAAGAUCAAAUAUCCUUCGUUUCAUUCGCAUCUCCGAAAGAUCAACGCCUCUACGAACAAGCCUGAACUGGGAAGCUCAUACAUACCUCCCUUGGUAGAGCCGUUCUACAGGGUCCGGCGAGACUGUCCGACGGGCCAUCCGCCGUGGCCAGAGGGUGUUUGCACCAAGUGUCAACCAAGCGCCAUCACGCUGAACCCGCAGCCGUUUAGAAUGGUCGAUCACGUCGAGUUUGCGUCACCGUCCAUCAUCGACAGCUUCAUCGAUUCGUGGCGCAAGACGGGAUCUCAGCGCAUAGGAUUUUUAUACGGGCGAUACACCGAGUACACCGAGGUGCCCCUUGGCGUGAAAGCCAUCGUCGAGGCCAUAUACGAGCCACCUCAAGUCGACGAGCUCGACGGCAUCACUUUGAACGCAUGGGAGAACCAAAAGGAGAUUGCCGAGGUGGCCAAACUCUGUGGCCUUGAGCCAGUCGGAGUCAUCUGGACGGAUCUCUUGGAUGCCGGCCGCGGAGACGGCUCAGUCGUUUGCAAACGUCACGCCGACUCGUACUACCUCUCCUCCUUGGAAAUCUGCUUCUCUUCGAGACUACAGGCUCAACAUCCCAAGUCUUCCAAGUGGAGCGACACCGGCCGCUUCGGGUCUAACUUUGUGACGUGCAUCAUCACGGGCAAUGAGCAGGGCGAGAUCGGGGUAUCGUCGUAUCAAGUAUCCAACGAUGCCGUAGAGAUGGUACGGGCGGAUAUUGUCGAGCCCUCGGCCGACCCGACAGUCAUGCUCGUUCGCGACGAGGAAGAGGACGACGGGUCCGUCAGCCGUACGCGAUAUAUCCCCGAGGUCUUUUACCGCCGGAAGAACGAAUAUGGCGCGAAUGUACAAGAAAACGCCAAGCCUUCGUUCCCGGUCGAAUACCUCUUCGUCACCUUGACUCACGGCUUCCCCGCCAACCCCAAACCGACCUUUUUGCAGACAGGCUUCCCCAUCGAGAACCGCGAAUACAUUGGAGAAAGCCAGGAACACUCUGCGCUGGCAAAGGCGCUCAAGAUGAGUCCUGGCAUGAAGCCCAGCGAUGGCUUCCAGGAGGUCUCGAAUUUCCACCUGCUCUGCUUCCUGCAUCAAAUGGGAGUACUGUCCAAGGUCCGUGGCCAUCCCUGCGACCCCGCUGCCAUGUAA